CACUGCAAGUCUUCAACUGCAUAGAAGAAUAGUUAAAGGCUUGGGUGUGAGUAUUAAUUAUGGGUGUGGCAGAGACGGUGGACCCUCUUUCCAAGCUCAGUUUGCCACCCGGAUUUCGGUUCAAUCCAACUGAUGAAGAGCUUAUGGUGAACUAUCUCUGCCCCAAAGUCGCUGGAGAAACUUCUUCCUUCAUACUCAUCGGAGAUGUUGAUUUGUACAAGCAUGAUCCUUGGGUUUUACCUGGUAAAGCAUUGUUUGGUGACAAAGAAUGGUACUUUUUUAGUCCCAGAGAUAGAAAGUAUCCAAAUGGAUCACGGCCGAACAGGGGGGCUGGAUCAGGUUACUGGAAAGCAACAGGAACUGACAAGGUUAUUGCUAGUGAGGGAAAAAGGCUGGGAAUAAAGAAAUCACUGGUUUUUUACAUCGGCAAAGCUCCAACUGGAUCCAAAACCAACUGGAUCAUGCACGAGUACAGACUCUUGGAGCCACAAAGGACAAAGGGGAGCUCAAAGUUGGAUGACUGGGUGCUGUGCCGAAUUUACAAGAAGAAUUCAAGUGCACAAAGGGCUGGUAAUAUGGCUAGAACAGAAUGUAGCCAUGGUUCUUCUUCCUCAACUUCAUUUCAGUUCGAUGACAAGCAGAAUGUUCAGAAUGCUGGUUGUUAUUCUGGUAAUAAUAUCGACUGGGCACCUUUGGCUGGACUCAACAAUACAAUGACAGGACAUUCCGGUGUCAUUCAGUUUCAGUUGCAUAACGAAACGCAGCAAGGAGCAAUGAAUACCAUGAACUAUAAUCAAACUAACAUGUAUCCUUCAGUGGACACUGGAUAUGGAAAAGUGGCUGAGCAAGAGGUUCAAAGUGGGUUCCCGAAUCAGAGGGCUGAUAAUUCUGGGUUCUUAUACCCGAAUGCUUAUGCACAAGGAUUCAUCAACUCGGUUGAUCCAUAUGCAGCUAUUCGCUAUCAGAACCAACCGGGCAACUCUGGCAAUAGAAAUUGAGGAAUCUAAAAUGAAGUGGUGUCAUUUUGUUUUUCAAUGUGUUGAGUUCAUUUGUAGUUUGUAGUUUUCGGACAUUUGAACCCUGUUUUUCUUUUACCGUGAUGAAACUAUGUUUUGUUUGACCUAA